CGUCUGCAGGAGCUUACAGGGCAAGAGUUCACCGGUCUGUCGCUAACUCGGGGAGUUUCUCUCAGUUUGAUGAUAGCUGACGAAGUUUACAGGCAAAGAGACAACAACACAUGAGAACUACGAAGAAGGAGUCGCUGCCCGCAACAUAACUUCAGCCUUACUCAUGGAUAUAAGUUGAGCCCGUCAAAUACACUGGAUACGUUUGAAAGGCGGCGUUUUCAUUAUUGGCUCCACUGACGGCAGCGACGAUGCCCAUUUAAACCGGGGGAAGUUUUCUGCGGGUGUUUGAGAGAGAGAGGCCCGAGACAUGAUGUCCAUUGGAGCUGAUAGCUGACACUGUAGAAUGAGAGAGGAUGGAACAGACAGACAGCCCUGCCCCUGUGAGCAACAACCCUAAUGGGUUUGUCAACCGAGUGUUUAAUGUUUCUCUGGAUGUGGAGAAUGAGACCAGCAGUGUUUAUAUUCAGGAGACUGGGCCAGGGCCUGCAGAGGGGCAGGGGGAGACCCAGGCUGCCUCUUCUCAGACCCCUGUCAAGGACAGACAGGAGGUCAACCGGAGGCCCCGUGCCACAGGGGGCAUCUGGAAGAUCUUGAACCGAAAGAGAGCUGUCGCAGAGCUGGAGCGCAGACCCCACUCCAUGAUCCUGCCAGGGGAAGCUUCCAUCCCUAAACUCUCGUUUGCUGACAAAGUUCGCUCCUUCAAGAAGCUUAAAUCCCCCUCUGUGUUUAGAGGGAAAUCGGGAAAAUUGUCUACUGCCAAGUUCAGCAGCUCCUUGGUGGAUGAGGAAUCUUUCUGCCGCGACAUUGGCACUCCUCAGCAGUCCAGUAGGAGCACACUUAGGCACCGUGGCAAGAGGCACUCGUAUGCUGGCCACACAGCAGAAUUUGACUGCUCAUUUGAAGACAUCGACCUCACAGCUCCUAUAGACGGCCACCAGCCCACUGUAUUGGGAGAGGCUGUGACUCAGAAUGGUUGUAAACCACCAGAAAGAGUGUGCUAUACUAAAAGAAGCCAGAACAACUCAUCCAACUGUAACAAAACAGCUGCAGGCUGUGAAGAGCCUAGCAUUAAAGGUAGCCCAGGCACCCACCAGCGUAGAGGAAGGAGGCACAAAGAUGUGUGGAGUUACCUGAGGAGGAUUUCCCUGUUGGGGAAGGCCAACCCUGUCUAUUCAGAGAGAAGCUUUGACUCUGAGCUUCACUCUUUGGACAAAACCAUGGACUCAGACUAUGGUUCUGUAGACUUUGAGAGUGUCAGGGACUUUCACCCACCGACCCCAAAACAGUCUGACACCAAGGGGCACUUUGGUGGUCUGUUCAAAUUUUUCAACAGUGUAGCAGAGACAGCUAGAAAAUGGCGGACAACAUCCCAUUCCUUCUCUCCUCCAGAGGGAGAGAGGACACCGAUAAGCUCUCCACGGGCCCCACCGCCCACAGCGGACAACAUUCACAGUGUAUCCCUGACACUCCACAGUGAAGGACUACCAACAUCCAAGCCUAUUCCAUCAUCACCAGUGACCGCUAAAUCCUCACAAUCUAGUAGCCUUGACAGUGAGGCUCCAGCACCUGUGACAGGUGGACGAUCCCCUAAGGUGGUCCUGCAAGCCUUUAGGCCAUGUUCAGGAUCUCGAGCUGUCAAUGGCCUUCAGAGUUCUGAGGGCACAAACAAACAUAUAGACAGAGAGACAAACCACAGAUCCACAGCCAUAGUAGAAAAUCGUGUCCCUGAGUCAGGUCCAACAACAGAGACUAAAACAGAAGCAGAGGUUGAAACAGAUCCAUUUAACUGGCUCUGUCAAGUGGAAAAGGUAGAGGGACAGACAGGAAAUGACCAGAAUUCCAGGGAUGUUCCACCUGAACCCCCCCAGAUACAGGAAGUGAAUGUCCAAUCACAACAAGGUGAUAAAGAGAGCACAACCAAUAGCGUACCAGGAUCAGAUUCCACAGAGGAAAUAUUCAAGCUGUGUGAGCAGAUUGCCAACCAGACAGGCUGCGGUGUAAGACAGCCGUGCUCAGCCAUGCCCCACUCUAGCACAGAGAAGACCUCUGUACCUCACAAGCCGCUGCGCCAUCGUCCUCGCCCGGCCUCAGCUGUACUGGACCUGUGGAGGCCCAACCCAGACCGAGAUCUCUUCCACCAUUAUAGUGAGGUUGGCUCGCUAUGCCGGCGGAGACACAGGCCUGCACCCACCAUACAACAAUCUCCGAGGCAGAGACGGACGGCUGCUCGCUCCAGGCCUUGCUCUGUCAUAGAGACCAGUGUUACUAGGGAGAUGCAAUCCACGGAGCUACACCACAGAGCCUUGUCUCGCCCCCUGGGUGUGUCACCGUUAGAGCCCCCACUAAAGAUAACUAUCCAGCGGUGCCGCUCCCUGCCGCUACCCCCCAGCACUCUCACAGCCUUGGCACUGCUCCUGCCUCAAUCAGACAUGACUCAGACGUCAUCGGUGCGUCUGCGGUCUGGAGGCUCUGGCAGCUGCAGGAGGAGGAGACUGUUAAGACCUGGUUCAGAGCCACUGCAGGUCAAUGUUUUGAUAAGUGGAGGUUCAAUCGUCAACGCUGAGGCGGUAUGGGACCAUGUGACCAUGGCGGACCGGGAGUUGGCGUUUAAGGCUGGUGACGUCAUCAAGGUGCUGGACGCCUCCAACAAGGACUGGUGGUGGGGCCAGAUUGAUGAGGAGGAAGGAUGGUUCCCUGCCAGCUUUGUACGGGUGGAACCCCACCCUCCUCAGCCCCAAACAAAACAGGUUUUCUAUAUCAACCCCAUAGCAACUCCACGGUUCCAAAACACCACGUCAAAGCUGUGGGUGAACCAGGAGGACGGGGGAGCGGAGCCAGCUGAGGGGACCAGCGAGGUGCAGAACGGGCACCUGGACCCAACCAAUGACUGCCUGUGUCUGGGCUCGCCCCUCCAAAACCGAGACCAGAUGAGAGCCAACGUCAUCAAUGAGAUCAUGAGCACAGAGAGACACUACAUCAAACACCUCAAGGACAUCUGUGAGGGCUACCUGCGCCAGUGUAGGAAGCGUGUGGACAUGUUCAAUGAUGACCAGCUGAAGGUCAUCUUUGGGAACAUCGAGGACAUCUACCGCUUCCAGAUGGGCUUUGUUAGAGACUUGGAGAAACAGUACAACACAGAGGAACCCCACCUCUCUGAAAUUGGACCAUGCUUUUUAGAACACCAAGAUGGUUUUUGGAUCUAUUCAGAAUACUGUAAUAACCAUUUGGAUGCCUGCAUGGAGCUGAGCAAACUGAUGAGGGAUGGCAGGUACCAGCACUUCUUCGAGGCCUGUCGCCUCCUCCAGCAAAUGAUUGACAUUGCCAUAGACGGCUUCUUGCUCACCCCUGUCCAGAAAAUCUGCAAAUAUCCACUCCAGUUGGCUGAGCUUCUCAAAUACACUGCGCAGGAGCACAGUGAUUAUCGAUACGUGGCAGCAGCACUGGCAGUAAUGCGGAACGUCACUCAGCAGAUCAACGAGAGGAAGAGGAGACUGGAGAACAUCGAUAAGAUCGCCCAGUGGCAAGCCUCUGUUCUGGACUGGGAGGGAGAUGAUAUCUUGGACAGGAGCUCGGAGCUCAUCUACACUGGGGAAUUGUCAUGGAUCUAUCAGCCGUAUGGACGCAGUCAGCAGCGAGUCUUCUUCCUCUUUGAUCACCAGCUGGUCCUCUGUAAGAAGGAUCUGAUACGCCGGGACAUCUUGUACUAUAAGGGCCGCAUCGACAUGGAUCGCUACGAGGUGCGGGACGCUAUAGACGGGCGCGACGACGACUUUAACGUCAGCGUGAAGAAUGCCUUCAAAUUGUGCAACAAAGACAGCGAGGAGAUCCACAUCUUCCUGGCCAAGAAGCCAGAGGAGAAGAUCCGCUGGCUCAGGGCCUUCCACGAGGAGAGGAAGAUGGUGCAGGAGGAUGAGAAAAUCGGUUUUGAGAUCUCUGAGUACCAGAAGCGGCAGGCGGCCAUGACAGUGAGAAAGGUGACCAAACAGAAAGGUGUAAACAGGUGCACGCCCCCCUCAUACCCGCCCCCCCAGGACCCCCUCAGUGCGGGGCAGUAUGAGGUAACGGAGGACAUGGCACAAGGAGAGGUUUUUGAAUUCAGUCAAUCCAAAAGAGGCCAGGCUCCUUUCUGGCAGAAUUUUAGUAGAUUAGCUCCAUUUAAGAAAUAGAGAUACACAGACUCUUCUGAAGGACCAGCUAUUUUUCUUAGAAGCACUAAACACUGGAUGAUCAUGUCCCCAUGAUGAAGAAAAAUACGAAAAAACAUACACAUGAGACUUUUGAAAUUAAGGACCAUUGUUAAUAUAGAUUGGAAGCAGCAAGAGGACUGAAGACUUGGAUUUAAAAAAAAAAAUUGAGAAAAAAAAAUAAAACUUUACAAUUCAUAUAUGUUAGUAACGUUCUUAGUUAUCACGCCUCUCCAGCUGAGUCAACCAUCAUGAACUCUUUCCCUCGGAUUCUGCAUCAUCACGCCAUCUGAAUGUCCUGGAGUUAUUUAGAUUGUUAUAUUAUUUCAUUUUUAAUCCAUCACCUGGAGAGAAACACAAGGCCAAGCCAGGGCAUUCCUAGUUGUAUGAUUGUGUUGGAGAGAAAAAAAAGCUGAGAUCUUGCUGUGCUGCUAUGUGAGAUUGCGUGUUGCAUUCUUCUGAAUGUGAGAUAAUAAUGACAGGCCUCAGCCACUGGGUGUGGCGUCUGAAGGACCCAUGAAGCUCGACCGUCGGCGUCACCUCUGAGUUAGAUCCAUUCUGCCGCUGAUCACAGACCAGCCAGGCCCAUCUCUGCUCUACUGAUGUCUGGAUCUCCUUCCUCACUCUCAGCGCUCAAGUGUUCCUCUCUCUAGCUGUUCACAUAUAGUAGCCCUCUCUUCACCACAUCUGACGUUCGCAGUGUUUCCCUCACUCUCCGCAUCCCUCUCUUGUCCUCUCUAUCGCUCUACCCACCUGCUCAGCCUCUGUGAGUCAGCGGCUCUCAGAGGAAGAGCUUCAUUCUUUUGGAAACCUGCCAUUGGUCAUGAUACGAUGGGUCAGGGAACAAAUCAGUAGUCGGAACAUCAAUAGAAUAUUUACAUCCUUUCACCAACCACUUUUGACAGGGUAUUCAUAACCGAUCACGCCGAAGGGCUGUGGGUUGCGUUUGACGAGAGAGUUCGCCGCUCAGAUGAAACAGCUGGGAGCAGGAGAUAGGCAGGCCGCGGUCCACCUGCCUUGUGUCAGAGCCCCUCCCCCACUCUCCCCAGAGACCACCCCUGUAGCACUGUGCUGGCAGCUCACUGGGUGUUUGGAAAGAGAACAGCCUACCUUCGGAGAUCCGCUGAGAGCUAAAAAGUGAAGUUGAAACAUUUGGCCAAGGUCUAAAAUAAUAUCUCUUUUUUCACGUCAGCUGUCAAAGAAGAAAAAAAACUCCCUCAGUUGACUUAAUUAUUUUGCAUUGCUCACAUUGUGAAAAAAAAAGGAAAAAAAAAGCACAGCACAUUUUCAGUUUGAGGAGUGCAUUUUGAUGCAAACAUGCCACAGUGUGAGAAAUUAGAAAGAUCCCUUAACCAGCACAAGGGGAAACGGUCAAAAAGAUGGCAGAAAUUAAAAAUGAACAGGACAACCAUAGCAGUCGGUUGUGAGUCAGCACUGAAAGAGAGUACACUGCAGAAGUGUGAGCCAACACCAUAGGGAGGCAAAAAGGUGAAUUUAAUCUGUAGCAUGCAGGUGUCCUCUGACAGAUUCAUGCAUCUCUUAAGACUGCAGCUUCAAAUCUUGGCACUCCUCUCCCGUUGUUUUCCCAGAUCUGAUCCAUGUUCUGGCAGUUAGCUCGGCACAGUUUAAGUGAUUUACAGAGGACUGUGGGCCUGAUCAGAUUGAUUUGUUUAAUCAACAAUGUCCCCGAAGCUGCUGUGGGCGAGAUCCUGCCAUAUGCUACUUCAACAGAGGUGUUAGAGAAGAUCUACUGCUUUACACACAUCAUGAAGGUAUAUUCUUUUUUACAGUUGGAAUGUAAGUGACACAUGUCCAUGGUUUGUGAUCAUAUUUUGACCUCAGAAGUACAUUUUGUGUUGACUUAUAUCACCUGAUGGACAGUACAUAUACAGUAUGACAACUUUGUGCAAUGUGAUAUAUCAUUAUAUAUCUUCACUAUUCACUACAACGUGAUAUGAAAGAGUUAUAUAUCGUUCUAUGUCAUUUGUUUGCCUUCUUAUAGGCCUUAUAACCUAUUGGAGAAAAAAAAGACCUUAGACUUGCUUUGUAUGUUGUGUAAUUUAUGUUUUGUUUCAGUAAAGAAAGUUGAGAAAUGGGUGAGUUGGCUGCUGGUGUCUGUAGAGAUGGCUCCCAGUGAGAUUGUUUUGGAAGAUAAUUCCCAGGUCUGGCACAGCAAAAAGAUAUGGUUCCCAGGCCAUGAUAACCUCAGGUCCCAUGCUACGCCCACCCCCACUCCCUCAACCCUGCAUUCCCCUGCUCCACGCCACCACCAACAUACAGACACAAGCACGCAGGCACACACACAGACACAACCACGCGCACUUGCUGGCCCGUUCUGCUGCGGAGAAGAGAGAUGCUAUCUAACAGUGCCUUCCAGCAUUCCACUAGUGAUUAUCUAUUCAGUUUCACAGGCAGAUUUGAAUUAGUCAUGUAUUUUCCCUUCAGUGUGGGACUUGCAUCUCUCACUCUCUCUCUCUCUCUUUCUCUCACACACACUGGGAAUUCCUCGUUCCCCAGUGCAUGAGACCCACUCGGACAGAAACUUAGAGGUCAGGGCCUUUUCCAUAUGAGUAGAUACUGUGCUGUCUGACUGAAACACACCUUAUGAUAUUAUAUCACACGUACAUAGCGGUAAUUUUAUUGCACAAAAAGAAGUUAAAUCUAAUUUCAGACGUUUAGAAACCACAUAGAGUUCCUUUAUUGUUAUCUAUUUAACAUGCUGAAAGAUGGGUUUCAUUUGAAUAUAUAGUAGGAAACACAUUUUCAUUAGUCAAGUUAGGUUGCACUUUUCAAAGUAUAUUAUUAACAGUGAGUUAUGAAUCAAAAGAAGAAUCAUCUAUUUUACCUUUAUCAGCUACACACUGUAAAUAAUGUAAAAAGAACAGAUCAUAUAUUUGGAUAUUGGUAUUUUGCGUUGGAGACGAAUGUUGUUCCAGUUCUAGCGUGCGGUAGACCUCAGUACCAGGUAAAAUGCAUGCUCGUGGCAUCCAAUAUUUUGCAUGAGACCUUAGACAAAUCUUAACAGAUUGUUUAGUUUCAUUUAACUUCCAAUGGGAUUUUCUUUUCUUUUUUUUUUUUCCACACCGCGGAACCAUUCAUUUGUGAGCCCGUACCAUCUCACUAAAGGGAGUUCUUUUCUCUGUCCACCUGUCUCCUGCUCACUGCACAUUACAGGUUGUAGCUUCUGUUUUUAUUUAUUACCAAGCAGAGGGGAGCAGCUUCCCUCACUCUGAAUCAAAGACUGAACUGUUGAUAGGUGAAAUGAAAGGCACUAAUGCUCUCUUUGCCCAGAUAUAUUGGGCACUAUAAACUUAUUUUAAAUCCUUACUUUGUUUUUUAAACUCCAGUCUGCACUGUCAUGGUCCAAACUGCUGGUUAUUGUUAUUAUUAUUAUUUUGAACGCCAUUAACCGCUGAGGCAAAACGGGUAUGAUUUUUCUAUGACAACAGUGAACCAAAUAGGAGUUAGCACUGAUCAUGGGUGUUUGUGUAUAGAUUUGUAGUCGAGCAGAAGAGCUGAAUAAAUGAGAAACCUCUCGGGAUGAGCUAAAAAUAAACAUAAUCCUGAAGACACACACACACAGCACUUCAUUGCAAUUCAUAUCAUGCUCUUGUUUCUACUUAAGAAUUGAUUCUUUGAAAUACAAUGACUUGACAGUACAAAUUAAUUCCUCACUUGUAUUUAUUGAAUGCAGUAUUAAAUAGUUACCAUUUUGGCCACAUUGUUAAAAGGGUGUAUAUAUUGGUUUUAUUUUUCUUAUAUAAUUAUCAUUCUGACCUUGUACUGAGAGCUGAGAGGACAGCCUUCUGUGUGGAAGAUUUUAUUUCUCUCUCUCUUUCCAGUCGUCAAACCAAGACAGCCAACUUAGCAGACUGUCAAUUGGAUGCAUCAGAGGUUGCUCAGAUUUGUGUAAUUCCUUUUUAUUCCAGGGUGUACAUGAGCCGCUAACAGCGUUCACUCACAUUUAGCAUAGCAGCAUCUUCAGUAGGAACUCCUCAGCAGUUGGUUCUGCAGUCCUGUGUUGUUUCAGAAUAGUCAGGGUACAACAGAGUCUUCAAUGAGCCAUAUAUUGAUGUGGUGUUCAAUGACAACAAGGUGAACAGAAGACUAACAUCCCACUUUUGGAAUCUAUCCAUUGUAUAUUACCAUCUAGUUUGAGGUCUGGAUUUUUGCCUAUCACAGAACAAUUUUACUUACAGUAUCCAUAUCCUUCGUCACCAUAUGCAAACAUUUGUCAUUUUGUUUUCUUGCUGGCCUUUUUGAGUUUGAUUAUUUGUUGUAGAAAUGAAAAACCUGAAAAAUAAUGCCUAUUCAAUCCAGAAACUGUGAAUGGGAGAGUGGAGAUGUCAACUGUAUGUACAUUAUAUGUUUUGAUGUAAUCAGAAGCACUGGGAAUAUGUUGUACUUCGCUGUAAAAAAUAAAUCCAUAUCUGAUAUAGCUGUACUUUUGUUGAAAAUAAAACCUCUACAGAA